CUUGCUGCCGGGGAAACGGAGAGUCGAGGGUGUGCGAAAUUGUGCCGGUGUGCAAGAAACUCCCGCCAUUUCGACAAAGGAUUAACAUCAGGACAUUGUUUUUCAUAAAACGAAGAAAGAGCAUUCGGAAACUCCAACAACGACCACCAACUCAGCUAUAGAAGCCUAUUUAUCGAGUGACUUGUUCUUCGCGCCAGACCUCUUGCUGGACUGUGCCUAUUGCCGCGAAUUUAACUUGGGCUUGGGUUGCAGCCUCUUCAAAGGAGCUAGAAUCUGGCCAAAUAUUUUGGAAUAAGAACAACAACUUAUUUUGUGUCUGGGACACUACUUGGGAGCAAUAUGACAUCGCUGCUAAAGUACAGAAGAGACAUUGGAUGGCUCUGAAGAAGUGCAGUGUUUUUGUUUUGCAACGACAUAGCAAACCGGGCUACUAGCAAGCCCUAGCUGCUACACGUUUAGCUCCAGGCCUACCGGUGGUUACGCUAUACAUGCAAUCGGGCGUUUGGAUACAUGCGAAGGUCAUUUUAUAUAACGACAGUCUAUUAGUGCGUUGCAUUGAGUAUUUCAUUAAACAGUCGAUAUCGCGACCAUUUGUGGAUUUACAAUGGCGCCACUUUUGGGCCGGAGACCUUAUCCAUUAGCUAAACCGUUAGCCGAGCCACCAGGCCCGGGAGAGGAGGUCUACAUCAUCGAGCACACCAAAGAGGCCUUCAGGAACAAAGAUGAAUAUGAGGCCCGUUUGAACAGGUAUGAAGAGCGCAUCUGGACAUGCAAGAGCACCGGAAGCAUCCAGCUGACACAUAAAGAAGCGUGGGAGGAAGAACAAGAAGUCACAGAGCUGCUUCAGGAGGAAUAUCCCCACUGGUUUGAGAAGCCCAUCUUGGAGAUGGUCCACCACAACACAGUGUCUUUAGAUAAACUGGUUGAAAUGGCCUGGGUGGAAAUCCUCACAAAGUAUGCUAUUGGCGAAGAGUGUGACUUCAUGGUGGGCCAAGGUAAAAGUUUACGUGUAAAGGUGGUGAGGAUUCAUCCCCUCGAACAACCUGAGGGUGAACCUGGGGAGAAGAAACUUGAAGGUGCCUGUGAUUCACCAUCUAGUGACAAAGAGAAUGCCAGUCAAGAGAACCAGAGGAAGGAACCUCCCAUCAGAGAGGAGGAGAACAGGAGAGAGAAUCUCAGUGACAGAGCACGACGUUCACCACGAAAACUUCCCACUGCCAUGAAGGAAGAGAAGAAGAGGUGGGUGAUACCCAAAUUCCUUCCUCAUAAGUAUGACAUCAAGCUGCUCAAUGAGGACAAGGUGAUUAGUGAUGUGCCAGCAGACAGUCUUUACAGAACAGAGCGCCCUCCAACCAAAGAGAUCAUCCGCUACUUUAUCAGACACUAUGCUCAGAGGCUGGGCAUGGGAGAGAGUGCGCCCUGGGUUGUUGAAGAUGAACUGGUGAAAAAGUUUAAUCUCCCCAGUAAAUUCAGCGACUUUCUUCUUGACCCACACAAGUUUUUAGCUGAGAAUCCUUCUGUAAAGCGUAAGAGCUUGACGUCUCCGGAGGGUAAACCUAGAAAGAGGCAGAAGACCCUUGGCACACCAGGAGAGGACUCAGGAAAUGAUAAAGGAGAGAAGAAAAGGACGGGCAAGAAAGAUGCUCAGGGGGCACCACUUAGUCCCACCAUCUGGGGCCAUGUGCAGAAAAUUAAAAUGAAUGGUUCACCAUUAAAAGUAAAAAACUCUGGAACACCUAAGAAAGGAGAAAGUAAAAGCUCGGGUCCUUCGACUAAAAAAUCUGGCGACAAGAAGGAUGGAAAGAAAACUGGAAAUAGUGGUGAUAAGAAUGUUUUUAAAGCUUCCAGAAAAGAUGCUAAAGUUGGUGCCAAGACAUCGAAGAUGAAGCAGAUGACCCUGCUGCAUCUAGCUAAGAGUCCUGCUGCUGGCAGCCCCAGAAAACGGGCCCGCAGCAGUAGCACAGGCACUACUAAAUUGGGGAAACCGUUGCAUCCAAUGGCUCUCCACCUUCUUCGCUACUAUAAGGAGAACAAGGGCAAAGAAGACAAGAAGAAUGUUCUGUCUGCCCUCGUCACUAAAACUGCAAAGGCCUUGUCCCAAGAUGACCGUGGUAGGCUACCUGAUGAGCUACAAGAGCUGGUGCAAAAACGCUGGGAGAAAUUGGAGCAAAAGAAACGCUGGGCAGCUAUGAGUGAAGAGGAGAGACAAGAAGAGAUGAAGAAGAAGCGCGAGGAUCUCAAAGAGAAACUACGGGAAAAGGCUAAGGAGAGGCGUGAAAAAGAGAUGCUGGUCCGUCUUGAACAAUCCCGUCGCUACGAGGACCAGGAGAUCCAAGGUGGCAAGACCCUGCCGACAUUUAAACUUGUUGACAUGCCUGAGGGGCUCCCUAAUACUCUCUUUGGAGAUGUUGCAAUGGUUGUGGAAUUCCUUCACUGUUAUGCUGGCCUGCUGAUGCCAGAUGACAAUUAUCCCAUCACAUCUAUGGCCUUGAUGGAAUCGUUGGCUGGAGAACGAGCUGGCUUCCACUACCUGAACCGUGUCCUGGUGGUACUGCUUCAGACGUUGCUGCAGGAUGAGCUGGCUGAGGGCUACAGUGAGCUUGACAUCCCCUUAUCUGAGAUCCCCCUUACACUCCACUCAGUGUCAGAGCUGGCAAGGCUGUGUUUGCGCCCUUAUGAUGCUCAAGGUGAGGAGAGUGGCCAGGGAUCCAUGGAUUUGGCCAUGAGUGGCUUUGAUGAUGUGGUGACCAGCGAGUUCCUGGAGAAGCUUGAAACUGUAGAGGUGUUUGAGCUUAGCCCGGAAGAGAAGGUCAACCUGCUUGUAGCGCUGUGCCACCGCAUCCUCAUGACCUACUCGGUGGAAGACCAUGUCGAUGCCAUGCAGCAGCGGACCGCUGAACUGUGGAAGGAGCGUUUGGCAAUGCUGAAAGAGGUCAACCGCAAGAUGGCUGAGAAGAAGAAGCAAAAAGAGACUGAGGGAAAGGAUGAUAAGAAGAAAAAGGAUGAUCCAAAGAAGGAGAUCAAGAAGGAAGUAAAGAUAGAGCUGGUAGACCUGAUCAGCUCAGUGAAGAGCAGACAGCUUAUGAGCAUACAGGCCAAGAAGGAAAGAGAGGAGAUGGACAAACAGAAUAAAGAGCGCAUGGAGGAGGCGGCUGAAGAAGAGCGACUGCGCAAGCAGAGAGCUACAGCGGAAAAGAUUUUUAAGGAGGGUAUAACCAAGGCCAGGCUUGUUCUCCGCCGAACCCCACUCGGAACAGACAGGAAUCAUAACAGAUACUGGCUUUUCUCUGAUGUUGUUCCUGGGCUGUACAUUGAGAAAGGCUGGGUGCAUGAAAAUAUAGACUACCACUUCACUCCUCCUCUAGAGGAAAAAACAGCUGAACCUCAGUUGGAUGACGAUGAAGAUGGCACUGAUGGGGAUGACGGAAGUAUCAAUGGUACCAGUAAUGAUGGGGCACAGCAGGUGGCAGCAACGGACAUUUGUAUGGAAAAUACAACUCCUAAGCAAGGACAGAAUCUCUGGUUUAUCUGCGACAGUCCAUCUGAACUGGAAGAACUGGUGGAAAGUCUUCACCCUCAGGGAGUUAGAGAGAGUGAACUGAAAGCAAAGAUAGAAAGCAGGUAUCAGGACAUCAUACACUCUAUUAAUUUGACUCACAAGGACAAACCGGCUCUUCGGGUCUCUGAUGGUGACACAGAGCUGCUGAAAUAUCUACGCAGCGAUAUUCAGGAGAUAGCCUCACGCCUCCUGAAGGGUGGCCUGGGGUACUUUGAGGAUGACGCGGACACUGAAGAUCAGCUGGAGAAUAUGGACAACCUGAAAGAAUUAGGAGAGUGUAUCAUUACCAUUCAGGCAUGUGUGAUCAAGAAGUUCCUGCAAGGAUUCAUGGCCCCCAAGCAGAAAAGGAAGAAAAAGCAAGUGGGGGAAGAAAACAAUAAAGCUGAAGAGGUGGACGAGGAAAAGAAAUUGGCAGAGGAGGCUAAGGUUGCAACAGCAUUAGAGAAGUGGAAGACAGCCAUCCGAGAGGCCCAGACUUUUUCCCGCAUGCAUGUGCUGCUGGGAAUGUUGGAUGCCUGCAUAAAGUGGGACAUGUCUGCAGAGAACGCCCGUUGCAAAGUCUGUCGGAAAAAGGGUGAUGAUGAGAAACUUAUCCUCUGUGAUGAAUGUAACAAGGCCUUCCACCUGUUCUGCCUGAGACCUGUACUGCACCGUAUUCCUGAGGGCGAGUGGUUAUGCCCGGCCUGUCAACCCACUGUGGCCAGACGUGGUACACGCUCAAGGGACUACAAGCAAGACAGCGAUGAAGAAGAUGAUGAGGAGGAGGAGUCCGACGAGGAGGAUUCUGAGGAAGAAGCCUCUGACGAGGAAGUGUCUGAAUACAAGUCUAUGGGCCAUAGCUUGAGGCCCAGGAAGAAAAGUAAACAGUCUUCAAAAAGUUCAAAAAGUAAAUCCAAAAAGAAGUCAUCAUCCACCAGUCAGAGUCGCAAGCAGAGGACUGGCCCCAGCAGCCCUGCAGACAUUGAUGAACUGGUGCGUCAGACUUCCCAGUCAGGAGUGCGCAGACAGGUAAUGGAGAUGGAGAAGUGUGAGGAAAUCCUCAAGAAACUGACAAAGUUCCGUUACAGUUGGCCCUUUAGGGAACCUGUGUCCCCAGAGGAGGCAGAGGACUAUCUGGACAUCAUUUCCCAGCCCAUGGAUUUUCAGACUAUGCAGGGCAAGUUCAGCCAAGGCUCGUAUCGCCACGCCCAGGACUUCAUAGAGGACAUGAAGUUGGUCUUUUCCAAUGCAGAGGAGUACAAUGAUCAGGGCAGUACUGUGCUCUCCUGUAUGUCCAAAACAGAGCAGGCCUUCACAGAGUUGUUCCAGAAACUGCUACCUGGCCUCAGUUACCUCAGACGACGCUCACGCAAACGCAUCAUUCAAGCUCCUGAGUCAUCAGAGGAGGAAGAGGAAGAAGAUGAGGAGGAGGAGGAGCGAGCCCCGCAGAAAAGAAUCCAGAAUGGCAAAUCAAACACACAGAAAAGCAGAAGGAAACGUCAAGGCCAGAACAUGGAAAGUGAAGAGGAGGAAGAGGAUGAGGACGGAGGAGAAGAAGAAGAGGAUGAUGGUCCGAGGAGAAGUAAGAGGACCUCUUCCAAACCACGUGGGAAGGAUUACAAGGAGCAAGAUAGCGAUGGCGAGCGGAGCGCUCGUAGAACUCGGCAGCGGGGUGCCCGGGCAGAGGCAGACAGAGUGAGCAGUGAUGAAGAGCGACCCAGCCGGCUGCGACAUUCCAAGAGACAGAAACGCUGAUGAAGCCCUGGCAGCUUUUUACUUUGUCAUCAUUGUGCUCCGAUUUUGUAUUAGUGAUGAGACACCUUUCCAACAUCAAGCAGGGAAUCAAACCUCAGAAGGACCUUUUCUCCUAUUUCUGUUCAGAUUUUUGGAACAUGCAAAGAGAAAGUGAUUUAUAUUUGUAACAUGUAAAAAAAACAAAAAACAUUUUUUUUUCUUCAGUGAGGUCCUCACAGCUCUUAGACACGAGUCAACCCAGCUUUGUACAUAUUUCUCUCAAACACUGCUGGGCUCUAAUCCGUAGCAUGGAAGUGCACAUUGAGUCUUGUCAUCACUUUCCUGGGCCUUUCCAAAAACUUUCCACUCCUGUCUCACCCAUGGACUGUUUUUAUGGACUAAAAGAUGGUGCCCGUGUAGCUUAGACACCCAAUGCACACCAUAAACACUUUCAGAUAAUGUACAAUAUGAUGAAAAAUGUUCCGCUUCGUGGUGUCACGGGAGGUCUCCCUUCAAAUACAAGGAAACUCCCCAAAACGUCUUUAGUCAGAUGCCGUGUUGUACUUUACUGCCCUAAUGUGAGUUUUGAACUAGUAAGCUGACUAAGAGUGUCAAUUUUGUUUGAAAACAUUCUGGUACCUCAAGGUUGGGCGGCACUAUUUUGUGAAAAUGUAUUUAAAAAAAAAAAAAAAAGGUGAAAAAUGUACCAAACAUGCCAGCAUCUGCAGGACCACUUUGCUGAAAUAAUGUGCGUAAACAUUUGUAAAACAGUGUUUAAAAACAACAAAUGAUGUUUGUUAUCAAAAGGAUAUUUUGAAUAGUUUAUAUUUUUUGCACAUUUUUAUUUGGGUUUGUAAAUGACUCAUAAAUGAUGUCUACAUAGUUGUUUAAUCAGGGCUCUCCUAUUUGUGUAGAGAACAUGCAAGAAAAAACAAAACAACUAUCAUCCCUGGCAGAAAUAGUCAGUUUAGCCACGUGCAUUUUUGUAAAGCGCACCUCAGUGAACAAUUAAUCAAAACAAGCUCCUCAGUGGUUUAUAAUGUCUCUCUUGCUAUGUCCUUUCUGGGUCGCCAGGUGGCGCUCUUACCCUGUUUUCCAGCAACAUUUAAGCGACAACUGGUGCUGAUACUUUAGUAGUGGCAAACACCAUACAGGGAAGGACAGAAAGGACACGGGCAGCAGGCCUUAAGUCCUCUUGUGUCCAUCCUGUGCUGUUUCCUUUGUGCGUCUUAGCUUUCAUUCUUCUGUAAACCUAAAUGUGAUUAUGUUGAAAGUCUUUGCAUUACAUUUGUACAACAAACAGAAUUGACUGCCCUUCUCUAGACACCUGACUUCUAACUACAAAAGUCUUUUACCCAACAUUUCCUUCCAUAUAUAUAUUUAUAGUUUAGACAGGUUUAAGGAGUAUUGACAUGUAAAGAUUUUCCAAUAAAGGCUAUGACUAA